AUGACGUCCGGCUCCGAUGAGGAAGAGGAAGACCAAGCAGCUUCUGUCGAAGAGAACAAGGCAUUUUCGAACGAACAACACCAACUUCUCCAGGCAACAUUGCAUAGAACCAGUAGCAUAGAAUCGAAAAUCCGACAAGCCACCAAGGAGGUGCUGAGAGAAACUAUAGAUAGCACGUGCUGCCGGUGUUCGAGGGUUGUGGCCGGAGACUGCCGGAAUUGUUUACAAAGCGAAAUAUGCAAUCGGGUUAUUAGUUUAGGCUACAACUGUGCCAUUUGCAAGUCUAAAUGGAAAAGCUCAGCAAGUACCCCAUCAGGAGAGCACACUUAUUUGGAAGUGAUGGACAAUUCAAAUCUGAAGAGAGGGGAGACUAGGGUGGUGAUUAAGCUCAAUUUCCGAGCAGAGUUUGAGAUGGCCAGAGCUAGCCAAGACUACAACCAUUUAAUUAGCUUCUUGUCGGAAAUCUUUGUCAGUAAAGCCAAAAGACUACGAGCCUUUAUCAAAAUUUUGUGCAACGCCGCCAAAAAGUGCAUGAAGGAGAAGAAAAUGCAUUUGGGACCUUGGAGGAAGCACAAGUACAUGCAAGCUAAGUGGUUUGCAUCCUUCGAAUGA